AUGGUUGUGCUAAAAUGUGUCCGAUACAGUUUGAUGAAGUUUGAGACGGCAUAUAGUUUUCUCUGCAAAAACUGUGGCCGCUUGGGCCAUCUUCAAUCUGCUUGCCCAUACCCUUCCCAAACUACAAGGCCUAGAAAUGACACUGCUUCUCAACCGUCGGAACAACCGAGAGACUUGUCUUCUAAUAUUCCUGCAACCAGCGAGUGGCAAACUGUCUCUUUUGCUAAUAAGAGAAAAGGUUCUCCAAAAAGCCGAGAUCCUAGAGCAGCAACUGCUCCAGAUCAAGGUCAAACAUCUUCUCAAAAGCAAAAAACAGAUCAAGGUCAAACUUCUUCUCAACAGCAAAACACAGGUCAACCAGGUAUAAACGUUAAAAUCUUUUCGGCGGAUUCUGGUAAGUUUUUAUCGACUCAAAAAUUAUCUUUUAACUCUAUUAAUUCUCCCGCUUCUUCAUCUCAUGCUCAGGGCCCUAAGGAUAAAGUUAAAAUCCAUCACAAGCGUUUUUCUAGGUCUAAUAGUUCCACCACAAUAUCCCAAUCAAGGACUAACCCCCAAGCCAAUAGCAGCCAUUUUAACACUACUCACUCCUUGGAAAAUAAUAAAAAAAGGAAGGGAGUUGACAAUACUAUCCACUAUUCUAAUCAAUUUGCUAUUCUCCCAGAUUUAGAUGAUAAUUCCUCUGCUUUGUCUCUUUCCACUGACAUGCAUCAACAUGGUCCAGAGACCAAAAAACCCUCUUCGCAUUCUACUCAUCCUUCGAUACAACCAAGAGUGCCUAACAAUGGUCAUGUGCCACCUGUCCAAAACGUGUCCCACCCUGAUGAAAAUAACACAAUUCCUUCUAAUUUACAUGGCCACGUAUUCACGCCCAGGGCAGAUGUGGAAAACCCAUCAAACUUGCUCCCCACUCGUUGUACCCAAAUGGCAACUCCUACUGGACAAAUGUCCGAUGCCAAUGGCCAAGUGGAUAUACCCAUGCAAAUCGACUCACAAAAUCUUACAGACAAUAUGUUGAGCUACUCCAUCCCUUUAAAUCUAACCAAUGUCUUGCCUUCCAUAUCCCAAGCUCAAGAUUUGCAAUCAUUUGCCUUAACUCCACACUCUUCCUCCUCCUUAGCUAUUCCUAUCUCCAUAAAUAAUGGUGAGACCGAUUCACCCAUUAGAUCAGCGGAACCCUCCACUACUAUUUACUUACCAAUUCCGACCACCCCUCUUGGCCAUGAACAACCUCUAUCAGUUGCCACCAUUGGUGGCACACCACCCGCUGAUUUUUGCGACCUAACCUGUCUACCCCCUACAUCAACCCCAGUCAUGGGUCGAGCAAGCACUCCAAGGAAAAGCAGUGUUCUUUACCCUGAACAUCAACGGAGUCAAUACAAUGAUCAUAAUCCAAAACCCGAACUUUUUAGCACAAAUAAUAACGGAAGGGAUGCAUCUAGCGAUGGAAAACUAUAUGAAUCACCAAUGGUUGAACAAUGUCCUCGACCCACUAGCUCCAGCAAUAGCACCCGCCUUCUACCAAAACCUUCACAACCACUGGAAUCUCCCCCCCCCCCCCCCCCCCACUUCAAUCCACCAGUGAAUAUGAACCCAAUCCUCGAACUACCUUUCUACACUCCUCCGGAGCUAAUAACUGCCAACACACUGCUCUUUCCAUGGCAGCCAAUACCGAUCCCACCACAUGCACCACCGAUUCGAUUUCCUAUGGCACCACCACCCCCUUCAGCUCCCAUGCACCCGCCAAUAGUGAUUCCUACACCUUCUUUACAGCCAACAGAACAAAUACAAUCCACCGAGGAAGUACAGGACACGCUGAUGGGAUCUUUUACAGAGAUUGCGACACUCAGGAUGUCCGCACUGAUGAUAUUCCCGGAGAAGGAGGAGAAAAAGUACAUCCAUGUCUGUCCAGUUGCAUUAACGAAGUGCUCGCUCGACCUUCGUCCUACGGUGAACAAGGAAAUAGCGAAGUAUGCAGUAGUCUUAACUCCAACCCUGAGGUCCAGUCCCUUUGCUACGAGGGACACUACCGUGACUGCGAAUCCCAAAUACACCCACACCUCCAUGUCUAAUCCAUCGAGUAUAAUUGUUUGGAACAUUAGGGGUGGUAACAACCCAGUCUUUAAAAGGAAUUUUAGGGAACUUAUCCAGUCUCACAACCCUUGUUUAGUGGUUUUAUUAGAGACUCGGAUGACAAAUCAUAGUAACUUUAGGAAUGAUUAUGGUUUCGAUGAUUUUCUAGAAGUGCCAGCCCAGGGCCAAGCGGGUGGAAUAGUUCUUCUGUGGAAUACAACUGUGGUUACAGUAACCGAGCUUAGGAAAUCAGCUUAAGAAAUCCAUGCUAUGGUUCAGGUUGCUAUUGAGGAGGUUGGGAAGUCUAGUGGUACGUCAUAAUUUUAGACAAGGCAAUAAAGUAGUUGACCUUUUGUCCAAGCAGGGGAUGAAACUUAACUCCAGCUCUCAGUCGUCUAUUUUGCUAUCGCCGCCAUCAGUCAUCCUAAAUGUUUUGGAAGCAGACAAGCAAGGACUGAUGUCUACUAAGUUGAUAUCAUCAACUAUGUGUAGUAAUUUAGCUAGUUUAGGGAAUGCUAAUGUUCUCUCUAUCUAUGAUAGUGCUAAUGUACCUAGUAUGUCGUAUGUACCAGUUUAACUAGUAAUAAAAUAUCCGUUCAACCAAAAAAAAAAAAAAUGACAUUAAAGUGCUACCACCACAACUUUCCUUUAAAUAAAUUUUAAAAAUGUGAUGUGACUUGUGACGACAUUGAUUCCACUCUUUUCAUGUUCAUCCAAGAGGAGGCCCCAUCCAUAA